CAUUAAAAGAGGAUGAGGAACACCUCGGAGCGAACUGAUUAAAUACUGUACUGAAUCAAAAGUCUCACACCAAACAGAUAGCUACAAUUGUGUGGACUCAUCUAUCGUCAUUUUGAGAGAUGAUGAUGACCUCACUCAGCUAGUGACCUGACCUCCCAGUCCCAGAGCGUCCUCAGCCAGGCAACCCAGCCGUGACAGAACCAGUCAUUGGACAGCACAAUAGUAUAAUAUAUAUGCCAUUUAGCAGACGCUUUUAUCCAAAGCGACACAUCCGUGCAUACAUUUUACGUGUGGGUGGUCCCACAGUGACAGUGUUCAAUUUCUACUAGCAUCAUGGCUGCCAGCCAGCAGAAAGGCACUGCAGUGCUGGAAACCUCAACAGAGGGAAAGAGAACAGAGCUCAGGGCCAAUGAAGUUCAGAAGAAAUGCUCAUGGGCCUCUUAUAUGACCAACUCCCCCACUGUGAUUGUCAUGAUUGGUCUUCCUGCCAGAGGGAAAACCUACAUGUCCAAGAAGCUAACCCGCUACCUCAACUGGAUAGGAGUGCCAACCAAGGUGUUCAACCUGGGGGUCUACAGACGAGAGGCUGUAAAAGCCUACAAAUCCUAUGACUUCUUCAGACAUGACAACGAGGAGGCCAUGGAAAUCAGGAAGCGGUGUGCUCUGGUAGCUCUGCGGGAUGUCAAAGCUUAUCUGGCUGAGGGGGGCCAGAUCGCUGUUUUUGAUGCCACAAACACCACCCGAGAGAGGAGAGAAUUAAUCCUUAGUUUUGCAAAGGAACAUGCUUACAAGGUGUUUUUUGUGGAGUCAUUGUGCGACGACCCUGAUGUCAUUGCUGCUAAUGUUAUGGAUGUGAAGGUAUCCAGUCCAGACUACCCAGAGAGACACAGAGAGAGUGUGAUGGAGGACUUCCUGAAGAGAAUAGAAUGUUAUAAAGUCACGUACCAACCAUUAGACCCAGAUGAAAAUGACAGGGACCUGUCCUUCAUCCAGGUCAUCAAUGUGGGCCGGAGCUUCCUGGUCAACAGGGUGCAGGACUACAUCCAGAGCAAGAUCGUGUACUACCUCAUGAACAUCCACGUGCACUCUCACUCUAUCUACCUGUGUCGGCACGGAGAGAGCGACCACAACGUGGAGGGACGCAUCGGGGGCGACGCAAUGCUGUCUGUUCAAGGGAAAAAGUUUGCUGGAGCGCUAAAGGGUUUUGUGGAGGAGCAUGGUCUGUCAGACCUAAAGGUGUGGACCAGCCAGCUGAGACGGACCAUCCAGACUGCUGAGGAGCUUGGGGUGCCCUACGAGCAGUGGAAGAUACUCAACGAGAUCGAUGCAGGUGUGUGUGAGGAGAUGACCUAUGAUAUAAUUGAGAAAACCUACCCUGAGGAGUUUUCCUUGAGAAACCAGGACAAGUACCACUACCGCUACCCAGGGGGAGAGUCCUACCAGGACCUAGUGCAGAGGUUAGAGCCGGUCAUCAUGGAACUGGAGAGACAAGGCAACGUGCUGGUCAUCUGCCACCAGGCUGUCAUGCGAUGCCUGCUCGCUUACUUCCUGGAUAAGAGUGCAGAUGACCUGCCCUACUUGAAGUGUCCCCUCCACACAGUCCUAAAGCUCACCCCUGUGGCUUAUGGUUGCAAAGUGGACAUGUUUGACCUGAAAGUGAAGGCUGUGAACACUCACCGGGAUAGGACAUUAGAUAAAGUCCGUAAUGACGUCGUUCCUGCCACAUUCCUCCGGAGGAACAGUUUCACCCCGCUGUCCAGUCACGACCAGGUGAAGCGACCGCGCCUCUACAGCGCUGGCAACCUACCUCAAUCUCGACGGCCCCUGGCCCCCUUUCUACCCAGCAUGCAGUCCUUCGAGGACCCUGAAGGAGCAGAGUUGGCACAAAGCCAAGAGUCUCUCAACUGCUUCAGCCCAGGAGACGCAGAAGAUGCUGUCCACAGUUGAAGAGGACCGAGAAGGGUGUCUCCACUUCCCCACAUUUUCGCUGCCAUCAGAUCUGGGUUCAAAUACAAUUUAGAAAUCUUGUUAAAUACCUUGAGUGUUUGCUUUAGCUUGCCUGGAGUGCCAGGUGGGUAGUGUUUGCACUUUGGGGAAUUUUCCACUGGUUCCAUUGCAACAUGCAAGCGCUAUAAAGCACAGCUAAAUUAUUUCAAAUAGUAUUUGAACCCAGGUGCUCUGCUCAGGCUUGCUUCAUACCCUGCCAGCCUUACCAAUUUGAUUGUCAAGCAGGAGUUCAAGCACACCGUCUUAGCAGCAAAUUAGGUAUGGAAUGUGGUAGUUGUAGUGGCCAGAAUUUGUUCUACAGUUCCAUUUCUGUUGCCAUCUGUUAGAUAGAUGGUGUGGGUGAAGAGCGAUAUGAUUUGAGACAAACAUGACCUUGCGCACACACACUUAUCAACAGUCAACGUUUAAUUUAUUGUGAACAGAACUUUAGAAUGUUGAAUAGAGGACAUCCUUGAGAUUAUUUGUUUCAGUAGAUUUGAGACAUUCAGUGAUUUUGUCUAUUACAAUGUAUAUAAUUUAUACUAUAACUAAUGGAGAAGGUUGCCACACUGAAAAAUGUAUCAAAAACAAAGCACUGACUACAAAC